GAUGCGGAAAUCCCUGGCUUCCCUGCUCCCCUGUUGUUCCGCAUUCCGGGCAGUCGGCCGCGUGCCUAUCUGUUGGCCCGAAACGUCUCUGUGAGCGUGGCGGAGGAGGAAGAACCUGGAAAGACACUUGGCGGCGCUUUGCCCAAGCUUCUCGAGAGAGCUGGCUUUUCCAGCGUAGCACAAGCAAUUUUAGGAGGCAUGAAACGGGAAGAGGAAGCCCAGAUGCUGCUGCUAAAGAUUCCAUCGCCACAGCUACCCAGGCCCAGCCAUUUCCAUCUGCAUCUGAGCACCUUUGACGUACGGCAGUUGCGGAGGCGCCGGGAUGACCUGGAGAGCAUCCAUGAAGAGGGCGAUGCGUUGCCGACCGCAGCAAUGGAACGAUUUGAAACUUCGGAGUUCUUCGCAUCGCCGCCCGUCAUGGCAAUGGCAAUGCCAUUGGUUGGUUUGCAUAUUUAUUUGACGAAAUCCGAAGUGAAACUGGGGUUGGCACGACUGUUGGAGAAAUGCCAGCAACACAAGCAUGUCAUGACCCAAAGGGAGCUGGACAAGAAGCGACGUUUUGACAAAGAGCUGUUGCAAUCUCGCAUUCGGAUGUUCCGAAUGGUCCAACGUGUCGCAAUUCACAUCGCUUUUGCCCUUCUUCUGGCCAGCAUGUACGGAGUGGUGGCAACCGGAAGACCAGCAUCCUGGGUGCAACUCUGUAAAAUUUCGAUCAGCUAUGGUGUGCACGCUUUUGUUCAAUCAGCUCUUGUUGAGAUCAAAAGUGCCAGCCACAUUCGCUUUCUGGAGGCUGCUUUUCUGUUCAGCUAUGCCGUGCACCUUUAUGGCGUCGCCGACGGAACUUGA